UCGCAAUUGCACAUUGCAUAUGAAUGCCUACGCACGCUACAACUAGCGCAGCUGUGCGUUGGUUGCGUGCGCCUUGCCCCAUAGUCUAUGUAACCUUGGCAGGGACUUGUUUGCUCGCAGUAUUCUCCGUUUGCGACAGCAACACAGGCGUGUGCAUGUAUCUCGACUCGUGAUAAGACAAUAACUAUUCGCAGCUACAAAAUUGCGGGACACUUUCGGAGAGACGGCACACUUGGCAUGGCACUUGUGGGAGGAUCCCAUCAUGGGCCCGAAGCCCGGACUUCAACUUCGUUGCGAGUUGGCGUCGUCCAGCCCUUGCUCACAGAUCUUUACCAGAUCACGAUGGCCUACGCUUACUGGAAAAGCGGCAAGCACGACGACGGCGCCGUGUUCGACCUUUUUUUCAGGAAGAAUCCGUUUCAAGGAGAGUUCACCGUGUUCGCUGGUUUGGAGGAUUGCAUUCGCUUUCUGCAAGCCUUCCGUUACUCCAAAAGCGAUAUCGAAUACUUGAAGACUAUUCUCCCAGCCAGUGUUGACCCUGCUUACUACGAUUACCUCUCGUCUUUAACUGCGGAAAAAGUGAAGCUUUAUGCAGUACCAGAAGGAACUGUUGUGUUCCCAAGGGUGCCACUAAUACGAGUGGAAGGUCCACUUGCGGUGUUGCAGCUCUUCGAAACCACACUGUUAAACCUUGUAAAUUAUGCCAGUUUAGUGACCACAAAUGCUGCGAGGUUCCGGUUAGCGGCUGGGUCAAGCAUAAGCCUUCUUGAAUUUGGUCUGAGGCGAGCUCAAGGUCCCGAUGGAGGACUGUCAGCAUCCAAGUACACCUACCUUGGUGGGUUUGAUGGGACAAGCAAUGUGCUGGCAGGAAAGCUAUUCAAUAUUCCACUGAAAGGAACCCAUGCCCAUGCUUUUAUCAUGAGUUUUUCUUGCUUGGAAGAUUGCAAACUCAGAACACUGAAGGCAACUGGAGGAGAUGAAGUAGACUUCAUGGAGUUGUGCUGCAAAUGGCGGAAAGAACUGACUGGCCUUUUCAAGACCAUAGAAGAUGAGGCAAGCAGUGGGGAGUUGGCUGCGUUCAUCUCGUAUGCAGUUUCCUUUCCCCAAAAUUUUCUCGCAUUGGUUGACACCUACGAUGUCCUUCGGAGUGGACUGCUGAAUUUCUCUGCUGUAGCCAUGGCACUGAAUGACCUUGGCUACCGUGCACUGGGCAUACGCAUUGACAGCGGUGACCUGGCCUAUCUCUCCUCGUGCGCCUACCACUUCUUUAGUGAGCUCGCCGACAAGUACAACCAGGAGUGGUUCAGGAGCCUCGCCAUUGUGGCCAGCAAUGACAUCAAUGAGGAGACCAUCAUCUCACUCAAUGAGCAGGUCAUGAUACAGAACAAGAUCGGAUCGGCACGGGGGCCGAGAGCUCACAGCAAACGCGACUGUUCCCGCACGGCGACGUCCGGCGAGACUGCAAUGCGUGACACAUCUCACUCCACUCGAGAGCGGCACUCAGCUCCCGGUGGGCCGGCGGAUCCGGUUUCCCAGGCGGCUGCGUCGGGGCUUAUAAUGCCCCGAGAAACCAUUGUCACUCAAACGGCCGAAUUCAAAGCCAGCACUCGACGGUCCUCCGAGAGGUCCAACCAGCGACCGCGCUGGCCACCCGGUUCAAAGUUGCCGCGCGCGGUGACCUCCAGGCAAAAGGAGGCAUGGAAGAGUAUAAAACAUGGCUUGACAUGUGGGCACAAGAUAAAUAGUUUUGGCAUUGGAACUCACUUAGUAACGUGUCAAAAGCAACCUGCCCUUGGCUGUGUCUACAAGCUAGUGGAGGUGAAGGACCUCUCUUGCAUCAAGCUCAGCCUCGACAUCCAGAAGGUGACAAUACCUGGCAAGAAGGCCUGCUACCGCUUGUACGGACAUCAAGGUUAUGCGCUGCUGGAUCUAAUGCAGAAAAUGGACGAGCCACCGCCUGAGAAAGGAAAAAGGGUUCUCUGUCGGCAUCCUUUCCAGGAGUCGAAGCGUGCAUAUGUGAUUCCCGACUAUGUUGAAGACCUGUGCCCACUCUGGUGGGACCAUGGCAAGAUUGCCAGAGAUCUGCCUCCACUCGACGCCAUACGAAACCGAGUCCAGGAGUCGCUGAAGACUCUUCGGCCAGAUAUCAAGCGAACCUUGAACCCAACACCGUACAAGGUCUCUGUCUCGGACAACCUCUACAUGUUCAUGCAUGAACUGUGGCUGCAAAAUGCUCCCAUCGGAGAGCUUUCCUAACGCGUAGGAAACGGUGCAUUGUUUGGACCGUCUCGAGGCAUCUAUCUGCACCCAACGACAAACGAAGACCAUUGUGCUGCAAAUGUCAUGGACUGUGCAUUGACGCUUGUUGAUUAACGAAUUGUUAAAACGAUCACAAAUCUAUGCCACUUUGGUAUUUGUUACCAGCAGCCCAGAUGUGGUAACAGACAAAUCAAAAUAAUCCAACCGUUGAUUUGGUUUUGCACAGUUGCUCACAGUUUGAUGCGAGGCAGCACGAUCAUAUAGCUGCUGAGGCUGUUAAUUCGGUACAUGCACACUUUUUUUUUCUGCAGUUUUCACAGUUUUUUUUUUCAUGUGGAAUCGAAACUCAUAUUGCAAUUGCUGCAUUUUCUAUACAGAAGUAUUUUAUCGUAAAACUCCUUUAUUUAGGCUUUCGCUUUGGUUUGGUAUGGUGGACUGCAGAUGUAAUGUGCAUUCCACUACACAUUGCCUAUGUUAUAGUUUAUAUAUAGUAUUUUUAUCUUUGUGCAUGUAGCUGAUUUUAUGUUUUAGUGAGCUAUAUUUACAUAGUGUGGUGUUUCAUUUGGUGUCUAUGUGAGAUGCUUUGCGUACUUUAGUUGGUGCUAAUGCAGAUUCUUUGUCACGUGCAAAAAGUCAAAGAUGUCUUUCUGCAUGGACUUUUUGGUGCACUGCCAUUUUUGAACACUACAAGCAAUUAUAUUUUUUAAGAGGCUGCCCUGAUAAUAGUUAGUAAAUCUUUAUUGCAUUUUUGACAACAUUCUUAGAAAGAAGAAAAGAAAGCUGUUUAAUUGUGGUUGGUGUUCCUUCUUCAAUAUAGGCAGGCCAUUAUAUUGUUUUCUAGAGGGAUAACUUGCCACGGUGGCAUGUACAAUUAAAAGGGGUAACUACACGAAGUAGCAUCUCUCUCUCUCUCUCCCUCUCUCUCUGUCUACUCUGGGUGUCGCUUUUUACCAAGCGCUAUUCAACAAAUGAAGAGAACUGAAACUUCAGGUACUAGCAUAUGACUCGAUGGGUUGCUGCAAGGUUUCUGCUUUGUUUUUCGAUUCCUUAUCAGAACAGUAUGCAUUGCUGUUUGCAACAGGUUUUUAAGAGAGAGAAAUGAUUGGCAAACAUUGGCAUUCUCUGAGCUUGCAAUACCAAGCAUCAAAAGCACUAUUUUUUUUUCUCCCUAGUUUGUGUUGCUAGACAAGCAUUGUUUGUAUACCUGUCCCAAGUGGUGUUAUAACCUGUGUCUAGAACAGAGGUCUUUGUUGGUAAUGCACGCAGUACUUCCUUUUGGGCAAGUCUGUCACGGAGUUGCACUCCAUCCCAGAACAUGGGGGCAGGUCUCAGCUUCUGGCUUGAUUGAGGAAUACUGAGUGUGUGUUUUUGUGCUUAGAUAGCAUCGUUCAGGGUGAGGAAUGUGGGUAAUGCAGAGAGCCAUGUAUGAGCACUCGUAGGUGUUUCCAAUUGGUGAGAGCCACAGAACUUAAUUUCUUGCAGCCAAGGAUUGAAAGGUGCGUCAUGUAAAUCAGUUACUUUGAUGACUGUGGUUCUGGUAUUUAUAUAUAUAUAUAUAUUUUAAGGUGUAUUGCUUUGGCACAUCAAUUUUAUGUUGUCCUAUAAUCAUGCUUUUAUUAUGCCCCAUGCGUGCACCAUCGGGGAGCCACUUAAGCUGACAGCCAUGCUUGCUGCAAUCGCAGUACUGUCACCAUGCAAUGUAAAGUGUAAAUCUACACAUUGGUGCCAGGCAACACCUUGUUGGAAAAUAUGUCCCAUGAUAGUUGCCACCUUAAAGUCAUAUUCACUGAACAUGAGUGCAGUGAAGUCUGUCUCGUGGCUUCCAUGUUUUGUAAACUUCUGUAGGGCUGGUGUAUCAAAUAAGUAUUAAGGUUGAGUACCUGGAAAUGUUAGCUCUAAUGCCCCUAGUAGCCUUCACAUAUACCCUUGGAAAAAAGACCCACAUCACUGCACAGUGAAAUAUCAGUUAUGCCUAGAUGGUUUUUAGGCAUGUAUUUUAUGGUUGGUGAUAAUUACGUACGUGAUUUCUAAAGCAAUACUUCUGUUUCUAAUGUUGAAUUGUAGUUUGAAGAGCUUUACUGUUUAUUUAUUGUUGUUUCCUCAUUUUUUUUUUUUUUACUUGAACCUCUGAUGCUUUCACCUUGUAGCCUUUGGUGCUUUUCCACAUUAGCUGAUUUCAGCCAUAGUAUUAUGAAGUACUUAUACACAACGUAGUUGACGCCAAGUGUUUUCUGCUUGCAACAUGUUAAAGGGACACUAAAGAUUAGUAUUAUUUUAAGGUUCAUUGGUGAAUCACGCUUUUCAAAUAGCAAGAAGGUCAGUCUUGCCAGGAGCGGAGGCUUGGAAGCAAGAAAUAAAAAAAAAAAAACGAAGACAGGUGGCAAUGCCAUCUUGAAAGUUUUCGCAUCAAGUGAACCCAUGCCAUCAUGGAUUUUGAUAGCCUCCGCUAGGGUCUACUCAAUUGUCUAAUGAGAAAGAAAGAUUUCAUUGUGUUCUGAAGGAACCAAAGACUCAACUUGGAAGGUUUCUAAAACUGUAACUGUGCAAAAGCUGGCCUAAUGUAAAUAUAUAGAAAUUUGUGAUGUCACACCGACAUACUAUACUGAAGGAAUGAAAUGCUAACUGAAAGGGCUAAUUGAUGAGCGUACUUUCUUUUCCACAGUCUCCAGUUCAGAUGACAUAGGUGUAAUUUUGACAUUUGGAUCAGAGUUUACAUCAGCUUUAGCGACCAGAUUCGUAGCAACGUGACAUGGUGCUCUUGAGUAAUGGCACAUAUCGGAUGUUCUGCUUUAGAGCUUCCUGUCACAUUUCAUUUCAUGAGUAUAGUGCGAUGGUAUUGCUGCAAAAUUCAAGAAAGGAGUUGGGCCUCCAUUUUCCCUGCAAGUAAUCAAUCUUUUCUUGCCGAAUAAAUGGAGAUAUAAAUUUGAAAAAUAUUUACCAAUCUAUGCUUCCUUAACAUUGCAUUUUAGUGUCUCUUUAUCUUGCCUUCAUAGCUUAUCAUGUGCACUUGAAUAGAUCUGCUUGUUAUGGAAAGGCAAAAUGUACUUUUCACACAUAUAAACUGGUGGUAUGUUUAAGCACUUGGAAUCAAACUUGUUUUGUGAUCGGUCUGCAACCUGCUCAGAGGUAUGAACAAAGUAUGGUAAAAAUGGGCGAUCAUAAGCGCAGAGCUAGAUUUUUAUUUUAUCCCAAGAGCAAUAGUAUUUUUGUAACCAGAUGUGUUACUAAUCUGCAUAAUUUUCUAGGAAGACGUUAUGCACAGAUCUGAAUUGAGCUGUGAAAUUUUCUUUUAGGGUUUUAUUAUUAACGCCGAUUGACUGGUUCCUUUGCUAUCUCAGGAGCUGGCGUGCACUCUUUUGAGAUUAGCAAACAUGCAACACGCUAGUGGUGCUUGUGGAGACUUAUUUGUUGAGUGAGAAAUGUAUCUAUGCAGCAGCUUAUGUAUACUUACUGUGUAUCACAGAUGCAUGACUUCUCUAGUCCUAGUCAGUACUGUGUAGAUACAAUGUUAUUCAGUGUUUUUUUUUUCUUUUACCUAUUCACAUAUCUGCAGAUUUGCUGACUUUUUUUCUUUUUACAUGAUGGUUUCCAAGUGUGGAAAGUAACAUCAUCCGUGUAUAAAUGGCUUCACUUUCUUUUAUUAUCUGUUCAAUAAAUGCUAGUUUUUAUUACA